GCCGCCGGCACGGAGUGGAGUGCGCGCAAGCUGCCCCUCCUUUUCCGGCGGCUUCCGGUACGUCACGUCCGCCUCGUCCUCCCGUCCCAAAGACCUGACUCGGGUGGAUUGUAAGCGGGUUUGCGGAGUGGUCGCCGAAGACUUCGGAAUCAUGGCUUCCCUUUCGCUUGCACCUGUUAACAUCUUCAAGGCUGGUGCUGAUGAAGAAAGGGCUGAAACAGCCCGUUUGUCUUCUUUUAUCGGUGCCAUCGCCAUCGGAGACUUAGUAAAGAGCACUUUAGGACCCAAGGGCAUGGACAAGAUUCUUCUAAGCAGUGGAAGAGAUGCUUCUCUUAUGGUAACCAAUGAUGGUGCAACCAUUUUGAAAGCUAUUGGUGUUGACAACCCAGCAGCCAAAGUUUUAGUUGAUAUGUCAAGGGUUCAAGAUGAUGAAGUUGGUGAUGGUACUACCUCUGUAACUGUGUUAGCAGCCGAGUUGUUGAGGGAAGCAGAGUCUUUGGUUGCAAAAAAAAUUCACCCUCAAACCAUCAUUGCUGGUUGGAGAGAAGCUACAAAGGCAGCAAGAGAGGCUUUGUUGUUAUCUACAGUUGAUCAUGGUUAUGAUGAAGCUGCAUUCCGUGAAGAUUUAAUAAACAUUGCUGGAACCACCUUGUCUUCAAAACUCCUAACUCAUCACAAAGACCACUUUACUAAGUUAGCUGUAGAAGCUGUUCUUAGACUGAAAGGCUCCGGCAAUCUGGAAGCUAUACAUAUCAUUAAGAAACUGGGAGGAAGUCUGGCAGAUUCCUAUUUAGAUGAAGGUUUUUUGUUGGAUAAGAAAAUUGGAGUAAAUCAACCAAAGCGAAUUGAAAAUGCAAAAAUUCUCAUUGCAAAUACUGGAAUGGAUACAGACAAAAUAAAAAUAUUUGGUUCCCGAGUAAGAGUUGACUCUACAGCAAAGGUUGCAGAAAUAGAACAGGCUGAAAAAGAAAAAAUGAAGGAGAAAGUUGACCGCAUCUUGAAGCAUGGUAUCAAUUGCUUUAUUAACAGGCAGCUGAUUUAUAAUUACCCUGAACAGUUAUUUGGUGCUGCUGGUGUCAUGGCCAUCGAACAUGCAGACUUUGCAGGUGUGGAACGCCUAGCCCUUGUUACAGGUGGUGAAAUUGCCUCAACUUUUGAUCAUCCAGAACUGGUAAAGCUAGGAAGUUGCAAACUUAUUGAAGAAGUUAUGAUCGGAGAAGACAAACUCAUCCAUUUUUCUGGAGUAGCACUGGGUGAGGCUUGUACCAUUGUACUGCGUGGUGCCACACAGCAGAUUUUAGAUGAAGCAGAAAGAUCCUUGCAUGAUGCUCUUUGUGUUCUUGCUCAAACGGUGAAAGAUUCUAGAACUGUUUAUGGUGGUGGUUGCUCUGAGAUGCUGAUGGCCCAUGCUGUUACAGAACUUGCCAUCAGAACACCAGGCAAAGAAGCUGUUGCAAUGGAGUCUUUUGCGAAAGCUUUGAGAAUGCUGCCAACCAUUAUAGCUGACAAUGCUGGUUAUGACAGUGCAGAUUUGGUGGCUCAACUCCGUGCUGCCCACAGUGAAGGCCGAAAAACAUAUGGACUUGACAUGAAGGAAGGCACCAUUGGGGAUAUGGCCGCACUUGGGAUAACAGAAAGUUUCCAAGUGAAGAGACAAGUUUUGCUGAGUGCGGCUGAAGCAGCAGAAGUGAUUCUUCGCGUGGAUAACAUCAUUAAGGCAGCACCAAGAAAACGUGUACCAGAUCACCACCCAUGUUAGACAUUCUCAUAUCCCAGAGAACUCUGGGGCCAACUAUUUCAGUAACAAAGUUGUUGGAGAGAAGUGCACCUCUUAAGGAAGACCAAGGAACAGAAACUUAUCUGAGACGAGCAUAUCCAUGAAUUUGGACAUUUAAACUGACUCUUCUAGUUCAACAUGGGUCUAAUUUAUUUGCUGUUUCGUUUUCAGAUAAAACAUAGAGUUGAUUUUUUAAAAGUUCAUUUCCCCUACUGUGCACUGAAAUAAAAUUUCCAAUGUUUACUUUGUUUUUAAUUUGUCUUGUGUUAUCAUAAGUCUUGUGUUAACCCCUAAUGUAAUAAAAUAAUUUCAGAAAAGCGUCUGUAGUUUAGAGUUUAGAUAGGUUAGUGAUAGUCUACCCGCCAGCACGUGUGAGCUAGUUAUUCAGUUCAUUAUUUUGUUAUCAGCUAAAAUUAAAAUAUUCAAUAAAUCAAGUUCCAAUUAUUACUUCAGUGUUGUGGCAAA